AUGCGGACCAUCUUCGUCCUUUCUAUUCUGGCGGCUUGCUCCGCAAUCCGGGAUGACACGCGGCGGGCCAGCACAGACGUGGUGCAGGCUGACUUGGACUCCGGGCCUGCCACGAAUGCCGGCAUACCACACGGAGAUGUUGAAACCAAGAGCAUGUCGGGAUUUGGGUUGGAGGCGCUCAAGACUAUGAAGCGGUCCAUCCCGUCAUGCUAUCGCUCCGAAAUGAAGAAGAUGGCCUUGUGCAUUAUGAACCACCUGACACCUUUCGGGACGCACCAUGUGAUUGUUUCCGACGCAGGUCACGCAGGGGCCGCUCCGGGGACGCGGAGCGCCGCCUACUUCCGGUGGGGCGAGAUCGGGAUUAUGAUCCUCGGCUGUGGGGCGUGA